AUGCAUCUUGUUUUUGCAUCUGCUGAAGGAGCGUCAGGGGGGCUUGUGUCGUUGUGGGAUUAUAGUGCGUUUACUUUAGGAAGGCAAAUCGUCCUGAAGAGAAUUGUGGCUUUAAAAGGAUUAUUAGUUCAGAAUAAUUUGGAGAUCGGUAUCAUCAACGUCUAUGGUCCGAACGUUCAGGGGGAAAGGGUGGAGUUUUUCGAGCAAUUAAAUGACGUUAUAGUAAGUCUAAAUUCACCCGUUAUUGUGGGGGGUGAUUUCAACACAGUUAUAACUGAAUCUAAAAGAUUAGGGAGUCAGUAUCAUUCUGCUGCGUCGAGCAUUUUCGAAAAUUUCAUUUCUGGAUGGAGUUUGAUAGAAGUCCUUAUUUCGGGUAGUGUGUUUACGUGGUUUAGGGGAGUUACUAAUGUUGAUGCAAGCAGGCUAGAUAGAAUCCUUAUUUCAACAGAAAUUACUUGUGAGUUUCCGCAUUUGAUGCAAUUCGCUCUUCCCAGAAGUCUAUCGGGUCAUAAUCCUGUUUUACUUAAAGACAGGAAAAUAAAGAAAUUUUACAGGCCUUUCAAAUGGUUUAAUCAUUGGGUUGAUGAUCCUUGUCUAUCGGAUAAAAUUAUAGGUGUUUGUAUGGCUAACAAGGGUAAAAGCAUGUUCCAAACUUUUUUGUUGGUUAAGCAUGCAUCUAAGGAGUGGGAAGGAGCUGUUUGUAAUAAUAUUUCAGAUUUAGUAGAAGCGCUUAGAAGUAAAAUUGAUUCUUUAGAGAAAAUUUGUAUAUCAAAUCCUACAGAUAACUUAGCCCAAGCUGAACUCGUGUCUUCAAAGGCUAGAUUGUGGGCUGUAUCAAGGAGGGAAGAACGUGAGUGGUUGCAGAAAUCAAAACUCAAGUGGUUCAAGGAAGGUGACAAAAAUACAAAGUUUUUCCAUAUAACAGCAGCAUCAAGAGGUAGAAUUAAUCAUAUUUCGAAAUUGAAGGUGGAUAAUUCGGUUUUCAAAAAUCAAUUAGGGAUUCAACAAGCUUUUGUUCAAUACUUUCGUAGAGGUUUUAAUGCAGUGAGUACUCUCCCAAUUAAGAAAUUUGAUAUUCCUUUGAAGAGAUUAAAUGUUGCGUCCAGAAGGAUUAUCGAAAGUCCUUUUUCUGAAUAG